AAAAAGAAAAAGAAAUAUUAUUUAUGCGUUCUCGUCUCGUAUCUAUUUAUUUUACUAUAUCUAUCGUAAGAAAUUCGAAGGUAUGGUAUUUCCUCUGGAACUAAUGCUGUACUAACAACUGCAUUAGACUCGAAUAUACGAUUGUGAAUCUUUUUAUGACGGAUGUUGUUAGGAUCGAUUAAGAAUCAGGAAUGAUCGAAGAAGAUUGGAUCCGAAAUGAAAAUAAAAGAAAAGGAACAAAAUCUAAGUGUAAGUAGAAAAAGAAGGAGCUUACAGAUGUUUCUUUUACCUUCCGGAGAGCGAUUCAGAUCAGCCGAUAUAAAUCUCUUCUUUGCAAACGAGCAAGAAGAAGCAGUACCGGUCCUGUCACUUCGACCGACCGACUGGAAGAGCCACUUGGACACGCAGAUUGUUUAUAUUGCAAAUAGUGAUAAAUACGCAGAGUCAUCGUGUCCCUUUCUCUUUUUUUUUCCUUUUUUCUCUUUUCUUUUUUUUUCCUUUCUUUCUGGUUUCCUAGCGUGAAAGGUCGAACCUAUUCGUUGGAAGGACACGUUGUCACGAAAGGAUACGCUUUCGUGACGCUUCGAGCGCUUUUUUCAAGCUCUUUUUCAAAGAACUAGAAAAUCCAAUUAUCUUUGGGAAAGAAGCGAUCGAUGGAAAGUUUUGAGUAAAGGAAAAAUCUGGAGCGAUCCUGACGAAAUCACAAAGAGAGAGGAAGAGAAAGAGAGAGAGAGAGAGAGAGAGAGAGAGAGAGAGAGAGAGAGAGAGAGAAGCGCGGGUGAGUUGGGACCAUUCAAUGAUUGGUCAUGCUAUGGCGUAGGGUAGAACACUGGGGUGAGAAUGGCAAUUCAAAAAUUGGACACACUCUCCUUGUCAGGGGUACCAACCAACAGCGUGCGAUCGCUGCAGGCACGAAAAAUUCCUUUCGAUCGAGUUCCCACGAAAUAUCCCAGGCGGACCUACCUCUUCGACAAAGACCUAUAAAUUAUACGUUACGCGCUGAAUUUGGCAAGAUUCGAAAGGGUCAUACCCUCCCCUUUUGCGAUACGCCUAUGUACGUAUGUAUACGUGUACAUAUUAAUUUAUCGAUCGUCGAGGCCGUUCUUAAAUCGCUAAAAUUAGCGAAUAUACCGCCAGCUUACUCUUUUCUUUCCUUCUCUCUUUUUUCUUCCUUUCUUUUCUUUUCUUUCUUUUCUUUUUUUUUUUUUAUUCUCGGCCGGUACAUCCACGGCACAUCGUCGCCGGGAUAACAUUUUCUUUUCCUAUUAAUCUGCCUCGUUCUCUGCGAGCCGUAAUCGCGUGGGUGGGCCCGUCGCACCUCUAAGACGGUUAAUCCUUCUUACGUUGCUUUAAGAAUUAAGACACGAACACAAUGCGUCAAGGAGACCAACUUCUUUGUAUCUAAAUCUUGACCUUAUCGUCCAAUUAGUCGUGCAAUGAUAUGUCCUAUAUAGAGUUAAUGCAGUUUCAUCCAAGGAUUAGAAGUCAUUUGGGUAUUACAAUAAACGAAUAGUAUAGAUCCGAUUGGAUGUUAUCGAAAAUUUAUUUUUCUCUAAUGAGAAUUUUCUUUCGAAGCGUAUAGAAAGAAAAAAAAAAAUUAUUCAAAGAAUCAUCGAUACCUUUAUCCGUAACGGUUACGAUUAUCGCUCAAGCACUCGUGUUAACGUUCGUUUGAUAUUAGAUGGAGUCGCACGAUAACCUUCGUGUUGUAGUUCAGGAAUCGCUAAUCUUGUAUCUACGGUUUACAUCCUUUUAGGUCAACGGCCAACAACGUUCCGAGAUUAGAUUCCACAGGAGCAGAUAAAUAUUUCGCGGGUGCCAUGUUCCCUGCGUGAACUGUCCUGAUCCGAAUCGCAGCAUAAACCCUCGUAAAUAGCGUUUCACACGAAUCUUGCUGAUAUCGCGAAGCGCCGAUUAAAAAAGUGGCCCGUCGAGCGUUCCUUUUCGGCCCACGUAAGGAAAAAAAAAGAAUAAUGAAAUAAAAAAAAAUAAAAAAAAUAAAAAGAAAAAGAAUAAAAAGAAGCAGCACGUCGAACGAUUACGGGACAGUCUAUAUUGCUCGUAUCACGUUAUUUUAUUUAAUGCAUUAAUUUGAGGGUUUAACGUGUGAGAGAAGAUCAAGAAAGGAAAGAGAGCAAGAGAAUGUUUUUUUUUGUCUUCUUGUUUCCUCUUUCGUUAAAAAAGAGAAAAGAAAUUCGGCGCUCGUAUCAAGACAAGACUGUGAAUCUGAUCAUUUGUAAAAGAACGUAUUGAGCUCUACGUGCUUAAGUGUUCGAAAUUGAAAUUCGCACGCUAACGUCCAUUAAUCUUCUCUAAUCUAUGCAAUAAGAAAUAUGCAAAGGAGAUAAAAGUCGAACUGGGAACAUAAUAAAUCGGAUGAUCCUCGUUGAGCGAGAGGCUCGAUAUUUAACGUCGAAAGGACGACGGUAUAGGAGCUCGCGCUUAUAUUCGAACGUCGGUACAAUCUUUUAAGAGACACAAGACAUUACUUUUUUCGGGACCAGGGGCCAGUGCAACCCACGAGAAUCUCAGCGUGGUUAGUGAUGCCGAUGGUGGUGGUGGCCUCUCGAGCUGCUGCGUGGGCCGAAUCCUUCGAAAUAUUAUCGUUCCCUUCUGCCCAUUUCCCCGCUCGUGUCAUUGUUUUACAGAGGGGAGUGCAAAGCCGAUGAUAUAUCGCGGCUGAAGUUCAUUCUAGAAUAUUAAUGCGCUCUAUUAUGUACUCCCUAGAUUCUACCUCUCCAGAGUUGCAAGCCGAAUUCAAAAGAAAUCCGUGGAAUCUCACGAAACAUGGGCGUGCAGCACUUUCCACAAUUGGAGACGGCUCAGCUGAUGGAAACUUACGACGUAGAAGCCUCGACGAUUUGCAUCGGUCUGAAGGGUCUCUCUCAGGGACAGGGGAAGCUUUGCCAAUUAUCCGUGGAUCAUAUGCCGAGCGUGGCGAAGGGCGCCAAAUUUGGAGUCCUCGAGUGCCAGCAUCAGUUUCGAGAUAGAAGGUGGAACUGUUCCACCGUCAACGAUGAAACUGUUUUCGGACCGAUUCUUAAAAUAGCAAGCAGAGAAACCGCGUUUGUACAUGCUAUCACAGCCGCGGGGGUUGUUUAUUCCAUAAGUCGAGCUUGUAGGGACGGACAAUUAUCGUCGUGCGGUUGUUCGAGGAGUAGCAGACCCAGAGAUCUUAAUCGCGAAUGGAUUUGGGGUGGAUGCGGCGAUAAUCUCGAAUAUGGAUAUAAGUUCACCCAAGCAUUCGUCGACGUAAGAGAACGCGAGCGUAGCUUCAAAAGAGGUAGUAGAGAACAAGGGAGAAGCCUAAUGAAUUUGCACAACAACGAGGCAGGACGUAGGGCUGUUAUAAAAAGGUCUAAAGUGACAUGCAAAUGUCAUGGGGUUUCUGGUAGUUGCAGCUUGAUCACCUGUUGGCAACAACUUGCGUCGUUUCGAGAAGUUGGUGAUCUUUUACUGGACAAAUAUGACGGUGCAACCGAAGUUCGAGUAAACAGGCGUGGACGAUUAUCCAUGCGAGAUCCAAGGUUUUCUUUGCCUACCGCCAAUGAUUUAGUUUAUUUGGAUGACUCGCCAAACUAUUGUCUUCCAAAUGAUACUCUUGGCUCUUUAGGUACGCAUGGACGAAUUUGUAACAGAACAUCGUCCGGUAUGGAUGGAUGUAAUCUUCUCUGUUGUGGAAGGGGUUACAAUACUCAAAAAUCAACGAUAAGGGAAAGAUGCGAUUGUAAAUUCCAUUGGUGUUGCUUCGUUGAAUGUAAAACAUGUGUUAAAAAUAUUGAUAUUCAUACCUGCAAAUAAGUUUGCACGUGUGUCAUUAUAUAUAAUAUACUUUUAAAGUUAAUAUUACUUGGAAUCCAAGUUUUAUACGAUGAAGGUAUCGACUAACGAAAAAAAUCUAUGCAGUAUGUAGGGUGUUCGAUUCAACGUGAUCAUCUACAUACCAUCCAUUUGUAUUUAACGUUUUGCAUUAAACAUUUUUCUAUCGUUAUAUUUUUUCCUUUACGACGUACGUUUAUUACGUAAAAAAUGAAAAUGGGAAUUUUUGGGAAGACGACUAAAUUAAAUUUAACACCCUACGUAAUUCGGUAGUGUAAUUCGCACUAUAUUGAUGACGGUGUAUAUUUUGAUAACAAUUUUAGAAUAAUCGUACAAAUUUUAGAUGUAUACUAGAAAUUUAUAAACGUAAUCAUAAUUUAGAAAUGUAAUUAAUUUGAUCAAAAUAUUCAUAGAUAAUAAUUUAACGAUCAUACAUAUAUGCGAAAAGCAUAUAUCAUACUUUUAUUUAAAUAAUUGAUUUUUUAUAUACGUUACUAAAAAUAGAAUACUUUUUGUAGAUGCAGUAGUAUCGAUAUAUCGUAUGGCCUAUUGGAAACUUGUAUGAACAAAGGCCUUUUACUGCACAACUGUAUUUUUACAUUACAUUCAUCAUGUAUAUCAUCUCUUUUGAUGUAUAUUUAUCAUAAUAAGAUGAUAAUAUGAUGAUAAUAUGAUGAUAAUUAUUUAAAGUAUUUCACUUUCUAAAUAUUACACAGAUUUCAAAGACUCAUAUUAUAAAAAUUUAUUUAUUGUCAUUUAUAAAUAAUUAGACAUUGUAAUAAAAAAAUGACUUAAGUAAUCCAUAAAUGUAUCUUUAUAUUUAUGCUUGCUCAAUAAUAUAAAUCUUAAAAACUUUAGAAACUUAUUAAAAUAUAUUUCACUUUGUGCUGUAAGAAAAACUAACUUGAAGUUUACAAAAUCGAAUGCAUUUGAAAUUUAAUAAAAUCUUGAAUUAAUAUUAAUAUAUUUAAUUAUCCUAUUUUAUUCUAUUUAUUACUAAGGU